UCCAUCAUGCCUGAAGUGCGUGACCUCUCAGAUGCCUUGCCCGACUUGCCGAUGGAUCCCAUCACUGGGGUUGGUGUGGUUGCUUCCCGCAACCGAGCACCCACCGGUUAUGAUGUAGUUGCACAAACAGCAGAUGGCUUGGAUGCUGACCUCUGGAAAGAUGGCUUGUUUAAAUCCAAGGUCACACGGUACCUGUGCUUCACCAGAUCAUUUUCUAAAGAAAAUAGUCACUUGGGCAACGUCUUGGUCGAUAUGAAGCUCAUUGAUAUCAAGGACACUUUGCCUGUGGGCUUCAUCCCCAUCCAGGAGACCAUCGACACGCAAGAAAUAGCUUUCAGAAAGAAAAGGCUGUGCAUUAAAUUCAUCCCCCGAGAUUCUACCGAGGCAGCUAUCUGUGAUAUCCGAAUCCUGGGCAGAUCGAAACAAGCCCCUCCCCAGUACACGUUCAUAGGGGAGCUGAACAACAUGGGCAUUUGGUACCGGAUGGGCAAGGUGCCACGCAACCACGAGUCUUCACAGCCUGAGACACCUCCGUCCCAAGCACCGACCUCCACACCAGCUCCAAACCUGCCCAGGCACAUCUCGCUGACGCUCCCUGCCAGCUUCCGAGGGAAAAGUCACAGCACUCGCCUGGACCUGGAGCACCAGCACUCAAACCUGUACGCCAUAUCAGCAAUGGAUGGAGUGCCUUUCAUGAUUUCGGAGAAGUUUGCCUGUGCUCCUGAAGGGAUGCAGCCAGUUGAUCUCCUGGGCAUCACCAUCAAGACUCUUGCGGAAAUCGAAAAGGAG